UGUUUAUCACAGCCAGUCUUAAACUGUGCUCCUCUGACCUUCAGCUGAGCUCUUCAGAAACAUCCCCAUCCCACUGCUCUGCAGAGCUGAGGGGUGAAACAUGCCCAGCUACCAUCGCAGGGCAAUCCACUUAUUUACCACUAUGCAAAACUGCUCUGCCCUGUGCUCCAGACACAUUUCCUUUGAGGCCCUUGGCUGUUUGGGUCCCUGCAGACGUGUUAAGGCCUGUUAACAAGACUUGUUUUCUUUCUCAGGACUCUUUGGACAUUUUCCCUUGUUCCUCCCUUGCUUAGUCACCCAAAUUCCAGCUCCCACCGGCUCUGAAGUCCCUUCUGGAUGCUCGUUCUCUGUUACCUUCUGUUCUUCCUUGUCCAACUGGGCCUUGGUGCCCAUCUCUCAGCAGGGGCAGCAGACUCCUCAGCUGUCCUGAAUGGGCAAGAGGGAGGGGGUCAGUCAGGGCAGGAUGUUGACUAAACAGGUCGGGAAUCCACUGCUGUCCUAGGGUAGGUGUUUUGUGAAUGUGUAUGAGGGGGAGAAUUCACUCUUGUGCAGAGGGUCAGCAUGAGGCCCAGACCCAUUUAUAUCCAUCUUAACCCCAAUGGGUGGAUUUUCUCCUGGGGAAAUUGGAUGCUUCCCACCAGGGACUAGAGACCAGGACGGAGGCAAAAGUUUCAGGCUCCUCAUGUAUCUCAGGCCCCACCAGUCACUCUGUGACUUCUCACCCAGGCUCAGCUCUGCCUUUAGCCAGGGGGCUGUCUCGGUCCCCAGGCAACGAGAUGGGAUGGACGGCGUUUCCCCAGUGAUAUGUUUAGAUGCAAACAAGCAAACCAGGUUCUUUCAGUUCUCAAUCUUCCAGCCCUAAAUAGAGACGCUGCGGCCAGAGCAUAGAAGGGGGGCAGCCAGGGCAGGAAACGGAGUAGUGGUGAACAUUAGACCUGAGGAGGGGACAGAGCAGGUCAGAGAGAGGCUGCAUCACCUCUGCUACCUGAGCCCUACAGAAUCGAAGGAGCUGGGAGCAGGGAGAGGAGCUGGCUGGAGCAGCCAGCCCUGGAGAGCAGACAGGGGCAGAUCAGAAUAGAGCGAGAGACAAGAGCGUCCCUUCUCCUGAAGUCAGACAGGGUACGGGGGGCAAGUGGGAGGGGGAAGCGACUGCAGAUUGUGACCCUGUCAGGAGCUGAAACUGCUGUGUUGUUUCCAUCCGAUUCCUAAUCGGUCCCUUCCACCACCCUGAUGCUCCUGUCUCUGUGUCUUUUGCUGCCCGUAAUAAAUCCCAGCAGCCAGAAGAUCUGCUUAGCUCCUGGUGCUCUCCCUGCCCCCACCCUGUACCUGAACCAGACAUCUGCUCAGCAGGGAGACUCCGUGCGGCUCAAGUGCUCCGUGGUCUCUCAGUCCCCAGCCACCCGCGUCUUCUUCUGUAAGGACGGGGAGGAGAUUUUGUCUGAGACAGGCCUGGAGAAGAAGAUCACCUACAACUAUGACCAUGCCGUGUCCAGAGGCAGCUCUGGGAAUUACUCUUGUGGGUACGAGAUCCAGGACAGUGACAACCGGGUGAAUAGAUCCCAGCUCAGCCCUGCCAAGCACCUCAGUGUCACCGCUCUGGGUCCCAGCAGCAAGGAGAUCUGCUCAGCUCCCGGUGCUCUCCCUGCUCCCACACUCUACCUGAGCCAGAUGUCCGCUCAGCAGGGAGACUCCGUGCGGCUCAAGUGCUCCGUAGUGUCCCAGGCCCCAGCCACCCGCGUCGUCUUCUGUAAGGACGGGGAGGAGAUUUUGUCUGAGACAGGUCUGGAGAAGAAGGUCACCUACAACUAUGACCAUGCUGUGUCCAUGGACAGCUCUGGGAAUUACUCCUGUGGAUACGAGAUCCAGGACAGCGACAAGUGGGUGACCAGAUCCCAGCUCAGCCUUGCCAAGCACCUCAGUGUCACUGCGCUGAGUCCCAGAAGUCAAGAGAUCUGCUCAGCGCCCGGUGCUCUCUUUGCCCCCACUCUCUACCUCAGCCAGACGUCUGCUCAGCAGGGAGACUCUGUGCGGCUCAAGUGCUCUGUGGUGUCCCAGGCCCCAGCCACUCGCAUCAUCUUCUGUAAGGACGGGGAGGAGAUUAUGUCUGAGACAGGUCUGGAGAAGAAGAUCACCUACGACUAUGACCAUGCUGUGUCCAUGGGCAGCUCCGGGAGUUACUCCUGCGGGUACGAGAUCCAGGACAGCGACAACCGGGUGAGCAGAUCCCAGCUCAGCUCUGCCAAGCACCUCAGUGUCACUGAGCUGCAUCCCUCCAGCCCGGAGAUCUGCUCAGCUCCUGGUGCUCUCCCUGCCCCUAUUCUCCAGUUGAGCCCGACGUCUGCUCGACAGAGGGACUUCGUGCUGCUCAAAUGCUCUGUGAUAUCCCAGGCCCGAGCCACCCGCAUCGUCUUCUGCAAGAAUGGGGAGAUUUUGUCUGGGACAGGUCUGGAAGAGAAUGUCACCUACGACUAUAACUACACUGUGACUGGAGACAGCUCUGGGAAUUACUCCUGUGGGUAUGAGGUCAAGGACAGCGACAACCAGGUGACCAGAUCCCAGCUCAGCCCUGGCCAGAGCCUCAGUGUCACUGGUGGCGGGAGCAGCAGCAGAGGAACAGAGGAGCCGACCCACCCAGGUAACGGGCUAUUGCUCUGUCAUAACCUGGUUAGCAGAGCCUGGCUCUGUGCCCCCAGCCCCGCCCUCAGGGCACAAAGUCUGGGCCAAACUCACCUCAGUGACCCCAGCUGGGCUGGGCUCUGGGCCAUUUCCCCAAGUCAGAGGUCAGCACGGCCCCUGGCAUCGCUCACAUCCCACAUCCACCCUCUCCUGAGCACACAGCUGGUGCCAAGGCCUCCUGCUGUCCUGUGACCAGGGUAGGUCGCCCACAUGAUAAACUGCAGCCACACUGGGGAGGGGCAAUAGGGUCUCAGCUGCUUAAGGUUGCCAAUCCACCUGGAGUAUCCCAGAACCUGUUUCAGUCUCCCAGGGACGAUGCAAGCAACCCUGGAGAUUUUAAGGAAGACUUUAAGGAAAUUACAUUAUGUCGAAUUGGUAACAAAAUCAGGACUAGGUUCAGUCAGUGUUGGUAACUGUAAGGCUGCUGGGUCUGUCCCUGGGUCCUACGAGGCCUUUGCACAGAGUCUUGGUGCAGCCUGAGCAAACCUGGGCUGUUCCCUGCUCCUCCCACUCCUUAGGGCUGCGCUGGGCAAAGGGAGGAGCCUCCCCAACAGCCUCCAUAAGUCCUCCAAUGUGCCCCCUGCAACAUGACCCCUCCAUAGAGCGAGGCCUCUGGGAGCUCACAUGGG